UUAAUCUGGGGCCCCCUAUCCCUCCUCACAAUCUACCUCAUCACCACAAACCAACACGCCCUCCGCCACAUCACCCAGGUGGUGGUCUGCAUAGGCCAUUUGUACGGCGUUGCCCUCUACUAUGGGACGUGUCACUACAUCGAAAAGUACCGAGGCCUGCAGUACAGCAGGCCGGAGUGGGUUUACUACUGGGGGUACUAUGCCGGCAUGAACGCGCCUUGGGCGGUCGUGCCUGUUUUGUUGCUGUGGGGGAGCGUAAAGGAGAUCAAGCGGGCUUUCAGAGCUGUUCAGGAAGAAGAUAUUGCCAAGAAGGGCCUGUAA